AUGGAUCACCUUCACGAGCACGAGGAGGAGGAGCACGAGCACGAGGUGUACGGAGGAGAAAUCCCCGAUGAAGGAGAGAUGGAUGCCGAUGUUGACAUGUCGUCUAGAGCUGAAGAAGACGAGUACCAAGACCCUAACUCCAAGGAUUUAGAGGAUAUGAAGAAAAGAUUGAAAGAGAUCGAAGAAGAAGCUGGUGCACUACGUGAAAUGCAGGCUAAGGUUGAGAAAGAGAUGGGAGCUGUUCAAGAUUCUUCAGGUGCUUCUGCGACUCAAGCUGAAAAGGAGGAGGUGGAUGCCCGAUCCAUUUAUGUUGGUAAUGUGGAUUAUUCUUGUACCCCGGAAGAAGUGCAGCAGCAUUUUCAAUCCUGUGGAACUGUGAACAGAGUGACAAUUUUGACUGACAAGUUUGGUCAACCAAAGGGAUUUGCUUACGUGGAGUUUGUAGAGGUUGAUGCUGUUCAGAAUGCCCUCUUAUUAAAUGAAUCAGAACUUCAUGGCCGACAGUUAAAGGUCUCUGCUAAGCGAACUAAUGUUCCUGGAAUGAAGCAAUAUCGAGGAAGGCGUGCAAGCCCUUAUGGAUUUAGGUCCCGGAGGCCGUUCAUGCCUGCCCCCUUCUAUCCGGCAUAUGGUUAUGGCAUUGAGAGAAUGAAAAGCCUAGCUGCUAGGUUGACGUUGAUGACUACUGCUAUUCACGAGUUAGAUGUAUUAACCUUAAUAAUCUUAUGUGCAGAAGGGUUCCGAGGUUCAGGAGACCUAUGCGGUACAGGCCAUACUAGUGAACAGGGAUUCUGCUAG